AUGAGAUUUCAAAACGUUUCAAGCCUUAAACGGGACUUGGGGGAGGGUUUGGAGGAUAUGGACGGGGCGAAGGAGGGUCCUGAACGGAGUAUACGGCGUAGAUGGAGCUUUUGGUUAGAGCUGUACUUGCGAUGCCCUGUCCAAUUGAAUAUGAUGCACUUUGACACUGGGAAGGCGAUUGCAGGUGGUGCGCAGUGUGGAUGCGCCGAAGCGAGGAGUGGAUGGGGCGUCGGGAAGACAUUUGGGAAGAGGAAGGAUGUUUUAUUUUGCGCAAUGGAGAAGUAAAGGAGUG